ACUUUUACAGGUGAAGGUUGACUUAAUUGAACUGUCAGAAAAAGGAUGCAGUGACUUCGACUUGCAGGCAGAACUGGAGAGGUCGUUUUUGUCAGAACCAUCGUCUCCUGGUCGAACAAAAACCACAAAAGGCUUUAAACUUGGCAAACACAAACAUGAGACAUUUAUAACUUCCAGUGGAAAAUCUGAAUACAUUGAACCUGCCAAGAGGGCCCACAUUGUGCCCCCACCUAGAGGAAGAGGCAGGGGAGCAUUUGGCCAAGGCAUUCGGCCCCACGACAUCUUUCGUCAGAGGAAGCAGAAUACAAGCAGGCCGCCUUCGAUGCAUGUUGAUGACUUUGUGGCUGCAGAGAGCAAAGAAGUAGUUCCACCAGAUGGGAUUCCUCCUCCAAAGAGGCCACCAAAAGUUUCACAGAAGAUCUCAUCACGUGGUGGGUUCUCAGGGAACCGAGGAGGGCGAGGAGCCUUUCACAGCCAGAAUAGAUUCUUCACACCACCUGCUUCAAAAGUUGUGCUUUUUCAUUUAGGAAACUAUAGUCGCCGUGAAGGAGCGAGAGGGUCAAGCUGGAGCGCACAAAGUUCUCCACGAGGCACUUACAAUGAAAGCAGGGGAGGCCAAAGCAAUUUUAACCGGGGCCCACUUCCACCUCUGAGGCCAUUAAGUUCUGCAGGCUACCGGCCCAGUCCUCGUGAUCGUGCUUCCAGAGGCCGUGGUGGAAUUGGACCUUCUUGGGCAAGUGCAAAUAGCAGCGGUAGUGGUGGCUCAAGGGGCAAGUUUGUUAGCGGAGGCAGUGGAAGAGGUCGCCAUGUCCGUUCUUUUACUCGAUAAAUAGACCUUUGAGAACAUCCUGACUGUGAACAUUUCAAGAUGGUGACAAAAGUGUAAUUGAGGACCAAUGCUAGACUUACUGGUAUCUGGGGGCAGCAAGGUUUUUUUUUUCCCUUUUUUGAAGAAUUCAUUUUUGUUUGAUACGAGAUCUGAGAUUUCAAUAAAACUUUUUUUGUGUGUGAA